AGGGGUGGGCAUGGUCUUCUUGCACGGAAAUUUAAACUUUUGGAAUAAAUCUUGGCUUCAUUCAGUAAACGGUAACGUUUGUUGAAGUAUUUGGGUUUUCGUUUGAAUUGUGCUGUUAAGAGCUAUUUGUCACUUGCGAGACAAUCGACUGAAAUUUCUCAGUAACCAGCGAACAGUACUGCAAUGGCUGUUGAAGACUAUGAAGAACUUCUUAAGUACUACGAACUGUAUGAAACCAUAGGAACAGGAGGGUUUGCAAAAGUGAAACUUGCUCGUCACAUUGCCACAGGCGAAAAAGUAGCAAUCAAGAUAGUGGACAAGACUUCUCUUGGGGAUGAUCUGCCUCGUAUUAAAACAGAAAUUGAAGCAAUGAAGAGCAUGAGUCAUCAACAUGUUUGUCGUCUUUAUCAUGUAAUAGAAACAUCUCAGAAAAUAUUCAUGAUCCUAGAGUACUGCCCUGGAGGAGAGCUGUUUGAUUAUAUUGUUCUAAAGGAUCGCUUAUCUGAAGAGGAGACUAGGAUUUUUUUUCGUCAGAUUGUAUCAGCUGUAGCCUAUGUCCACAGCCAGGGCUAUGCUCAUAGAGAUCUUAAACCUGAAAAUCUACUCAUUGAUGAAGAUCAUAAUCUGAAGCUUAUUGACUUUGGUCUCUGUGCAAAGCCAAAGGCUGAUAUCUGGAGCAUGGGUGUGCUUCUGUAUGCAUUACUGUGUGGAUAUCUACCAUUUGAUGAUGAGAAUGUCAUGGUGCUCUACAAAAAAAUAACGGUGGACCCAAAGAGAAGGAUUACAAUCAAACACCUUUUGGGUCAUCCAUGGAUAAUGCAAGAUUACACCUGCCCAGUUGAAUGGCAUACUAAAUUUCCUCUUGGGCAUAUUGAUGAUGACUGCAUUACAGAACUGGCUAUUUUUUAUAAGAUGAGAAAAGCGAGGAUGGUGGAUCUUGUUUCUGAGUGGAAUUUUGAUCAAACUACAGCUACCUAUCUUCUCCUGUGGUCAAAGAAGAUUCAUUCUAAACCUGUUCGAUUAAGAAUUUCAUCACUGACCAUAAACUCCACACCCCUUGCAACACCUGUGAAGGAUCCAAAGUCUCAAAAGAACAUGCACUAUGAAGAUAUGGUGGACAGCAGUGAUUCUCCUUGUGUCCUGGGUUCUAUGGAGUUUCCAGAUGAUUAUGCCUUUUUUGAAGAUUCACCUUCACCUUUUGAGUUGUGUAUGCCAGCGACUCCUACAAUGAAAGAGCAUUUAGAUUGUCGUCCAGCAUUGACCAACUUAGAAACUGACUGCUCUUCUCCAAAGAAGCCUCGAGUAGUCCAGAAAGCAGGCAAAGAGAAUACUGGGUUACCUGUAAAAGAUGAACAGCACUUUUUGCCACCUGCACCAUGGACACCAGUUUGCAAGAGAAGCUCCUCUGAGAAGAAAAGAGUACUGAGUGCUUCAAGCUGCACCACAAAUGGCUCCAAAGAUAACCACUACAUUCAUGAAAUUUCAGUGAAGAAAACUGCAGAUGAAAUUGUGGAUGAUCCGUUAGCUGCAGUACUUAGUCCAGAAAGACGGUCUCGUUCAGUGGAGCAAGAUAUAAAUCAGGCUCAUGUUGGAAGCUCUCAGAAGAAGAAGAGUGCAAAGGUCUUUGGAAGCCUGGAAAAAGGUCUAGAUAAGAUGAUCAUGAUGCUGACACCAAGCAAGAAAAGAGCAAGAGAUGCACCAAGGAAACUGAAGGCUCAUUAUAAUGUGACUACAACUAAUCUGUUGAGUGCAGAUUAUGUAUUGAAUGAAAUUGUUAAAAUCCUGCCAAAGAAGCAUGUUGAAUUUGUGCAAAAGGGCUAUAUUCUGAAGUGCCGCACCUAUUCAGAUUUUGGGAAGGUGACUAUGCAGUUUGAGCUGGAAGUAUGUCUUCUAAGCAAACUUGAAACAGUGGGCAUACGAAGACAAAGGAUUAAGGGUGAUGCGUGGGUGUAUAAAAAGUUAGUAGAAGAUAUCUUGGCAAGUUCCAAGGUGUAGCAGACAACAGAAUGUUGAAUUGUGCAUUUUAUUCUUAAAUAAUAGUAUUUUAGAGUGCAACAUUUUAAUGUACUAUUCCUACCUAUAGAGCUGGUUUUUAUACCUCCAUUUCAAAAAUAUCAGUUUCUUAUAAAAUGUCUGAAAAAAUGUGUUUUGUAAAUAAGUAUAUUGUAAUACUAUAGUCAUAUAUUUGUAUGUUUUAUCAUGAAGCAGUUUUUACAGUUCUUAUGUUGUCUUUGCAUUUCUCCUCUCUCUUUUAUAGUUGUAAAUCUCAACUUUUUGAGAGAUGUUUAUCCUGUGUAUUUUCUGGAGGUAUAAUUGUGUUAAUACAUUUGUAAAUACUGAGUACAGUUUGGAUUUAGGCAAAAUGAGGCACCUUAAUCUGUAUUUGAUCUUAUAACACAUACCUUUUCUCACAACUAUUUAAUAACACUACAUUUUUACUCAAUGUUUCAUUUAAAUUGCUUUUAUGUAAUAUGAUUAAACCAAGGUAUAUGAAGUAUUUUACUUAUGUAUGUUGCAUAAUGUAGUUCACUGUAUUUGUCAAUUUGAAUGCAAGAUGAGAGAUGUCUAUAAACAAAAGGUUUGUAUAGUAAUAUAAUAAAUUUUUUUAUUACCUGAAAAAA